AAAAUGUUUCUUUUUAUAUGCAAAUAGGUUAAAGCAUAUUUAACAACCAUUGAUUUUAACUAUAAAAUAUAUGGAAUAUCACAAAACCCAGAUACAAGAAACUAUAUUAUAGUAUUUAAAAAUGGAUAUUGCGUCAAAUGUGGAGAAAAAUAUGCAAAAGAAAAGUGCAAAUGGUGUAAAUCUUGUCAAAUUAAUUGUUUAAAAAACAAUUUUACAAACUGGACAAGUGAAAAUAAAAAAAUUGAUGAUUUUAUUCAUGAAGUACAAUUACAAAUUAAUGAUGUUAUAUUUGAAUGGGUACCAUAUAAUCAAUUCGAAAAUAUCAAAAAAAUAGGUAAAGGAAAUUUUACAAUAACAGUAUUUUCAGCAAUAUGGAAAAAUGGACCGUUAAAUUAUAAUUAUAGUAAAAUGGAAUUAAGGAGAAUACCUAAUAGAAAUGUUUCUUUAAAACAUUUACAGAAUACUAAUAUUAAUGAAUUUUUAACUAAGGUUAAAACGUAUCUAACAAAUACUGAUAAUUGUAAAAUGUAUGGAAUAUCUCAACACCCGGAUACAAAAAAAUUUAUUAUAGUACUUCAAGAUAAAUAUUACAUAGAAUAUAAUAAAAAUUAUUGUGAAAGAUGUAAUGAUAUAUAUACAAAUAUAAAAUACAAAUGGUGUAACCCAUGCCAGAUGGAUAAUUUAAAAUUAAAUUUUAGUGAAAAUAAGAUAAUCAAUGAUUUAAUUUUAGAAAUGCAAUUAAAAAUCAAUAGUCCAUUUGAUAGAGUAUUUGAAUGGGUACCAUGCAACCAGUUUAAUGAUAUUAAAGAAAUAGGAAAAGAUGAUUAUGAUAUAGUAUAUUCUGCUAUAUGGAAAGAUGGCCCAUUAUAUUAUAAUGGUAAAAAAUGGACAAGAAAAUCAAAUACAAAAGUUGCUUUAAAAUGCCUAUAUAACUUACAAAAUAAUAUUAAUGAAUUUUUAAAUCAGGUUAGAAAUCAUUCAACAAGUACACAUAAUAUUCAAAUAUACGGAAUAUCUCAGAAUUCAAAUACAAAUGAUUAUAUUAUAAUCUUUGAAAGUAAAUAUUGUGAAGAAUAUAGUAAGAGAUGUUGUGAAAAAUGUAUGGAAAAAUAUACAAAUAUAAUGUAUAAAUGGUGUAAGCCUUGUCAUAUCAAUUAUCUAAAAAAAAAUUUUGAAACCUGGACUAGUGAUAAUAAAAAAAUUGAUGAUUUUAUUCAAAAAAUGCAAUUAGAAAUUGAUAACUUACAGGACAUGAUAUUUGAAUGGAUACCAUACAACCAGUUCUAUAAAGUUAAAAAAACGGGUAGAAAUGAUAUUGCUACAAUAUAUUCAGCAAUAUGGAAAAACGGACCAUUGCAUUACAAUUAUAGUAAAAAUGAAUUGAUAAGAAAGUCGAAUAAAAAAAUUACUUUGAAAUGCCUACAUAACUCACGAAGUACAAUCAAUGAAUUUAUAAAUAAGGUUAAUAAUUUUUUAACAAAUAAGGAUAAUAUUAUCUUUAAAACGUAUGGAAUAUCUCAAAAUCCAGAUACAGGAAAUUACAUCAUUGUCCUCCAAGAUAAAUAUUAUAAAGAAUAUGGCAAAAGUUAUUGCAAACAGUGUAUUGGAAAAUAUACAGAUAUAGAAAAUAAAUGGUGAAAGCCAUGUCAAAUAAAUUAUUUAAAAAAUAAUUUUAAAUAUUGGACCAGUAAAAAUAGGAAAAUUGAUGAUUUUAUUCAAGAAAUACAAUUAAAAAUUAAUGAUUGGGAUGAUCUA